UAUAAGAAUAAAAAAAUAUUGGGUAAUCAGUCAAUUGAAUUGGUGUGUUCCGUUGUCCUCAUUGUCGUCGUCUUCUUUUCCUCCAUCUCCGCCUUGCUCCGUUUCCUCCGGCGACAACACAGAUUCAUCCGAAUUCGGGAGAGGCUGCCAACCAGAUCCAUCUUUCCAUUUGUUCCACCCACUUCUCUUUUUAACCAGCCCUAAGCCUGUAACAUGCAGUCGGAAUUUGUUUUGCUUUUCUCACACCACUUGUAGGUUAGGGUUCUAUUUAACUAAUCCGAGCAUUGUUAAGAGAUAGAGAGAAAAAAUGGCAAGGACCAGGUCGUCCUCAUCGUCGACGACAUGGAGGUACGUGAAUCCGGCCUAUUACUUGAAACGACCCAAACGUCUUGCUCUACUCUUCAUGGCCUUCGUCUCUGUCUCUUUCUUCGUGUGGGAUCGCCAAACUCUAGUCCGAGAACAUGAGGAUGAGCUCUUUAAGUUAAAAGAAGAACUGCUUCAGUUGCAAAAUCAGCUAGAAGAAUUAAAGCCUGAUGAUAACAUAGUUAACAAGAUCAACACAACAAGCAAAAAUCUUGAUGAUCUUCCAAUUGAUCCCAUUGAGAAUCAACGAAGACUAAAAGUAAAAGAUGCUAUGGUUCAUGCUUGGACAUCAUAUGAAAAAUAUGCAUGGGGCCAUGAUGAACUUCAGCCACAAUCCAAGAAUGGUGUUGAUAGCUUUGGUGGUCUUGGUGCGACUUUAAUUGACUCUCUUGAUACAUUAUAUAUAAUGGGUCUUGAUGAGGAGUUCCAAAGGGCAAAAGAGUGGAUUACAAAUUCUUUGGACUUCAAUAAGAACUAUGAUGCCAGUGUGUUUGAAACAACCAUAAGAGUUGUAGGUGGGCUCCUGAGUGCAUAUGAUCUAUCUGGGGAGCAUGUUUUUCUUGAAAAGGCGAAAGACAUAGCUGAUAGGUUGCUCCCUGCAUGGGAUACUCCUUCUGGCAUCCCCUACAACAUUAUCAACUUGGUUAAUGGUAAUCCACAUAACCCUGGUUGGACUGGGGGUGACAGUAUCCUAGCAGAUUCAGGCACAGAGCAGCUGGAGUUCAUAGCACUAAGCCAAAGAACAGGAGACCCAAAGUAUCAACAAAAGGUAGAGAAUGUUAUUCGUGAGUUGAAUAAGACAUUCCCUGCUGAUGGAUUGCUUCCCAUCUAUAUAAACCCACACAAAGGGACAACAUCAUACUCCACCAUUACUUUUGGGGCCAUGGGGGACAGUUUCUAUGAGUAUUUACUUAAAGUGUGGAUACAAGGAAACAAAACUGCAGCUGUGAAGCCUUAUAGAGACAUGUGGGAGACAUCAAUGAAAGGUUUAUUAACCUUGGUUCGAAGAACCGAACCAUCAUCUUUUGCAUAUAUAUCAGAGAAGAUAGGAAGCUCUUUAAUUGAUAAGAUGGAUGAGCUGGCGUGCUUUGCUCCAGGAAUGAUAGCAUUAGGAUCAUCUGGUUAUGGUCCUGAUGAAUCCUCAAAGUUCCUGAAUUUGGCAGAAGAGCUUGCUUGGACAUGCUAUAACUUUUAUCAGUCCACACCAACAAAGUUGGCUGGAGAAAACUACUUCUUCCAUUCAGGGCAGUUACAGGACAUGAGUGUGGGCACAUCAUGGAACAUAUUGAGGCCAGAAACAGUUGAAUCACUCUUCUAUUUGUGGCGUUUGACUGGUAAUAAGACAUACCAAGAAUGGGGUUGGGACAUAUUUCAAGCAUUUGAAAAGAAUUCCCGUGUGGAAUCUGGAUAUGUUGGAUUGAAGGAUGUGAAUACAGGUGUGAAAGACAAUAUGAUGCAGAGUUUCUUUCUUGCAGAAACACUGAAAUAUUUGUAUCUUUUAUUCUCUCCGCCUUCAGUGAUAUCUUUAGAUGAAUGGGUUUUCAACACAGAAGCCCACCCACUAAGAAUUGUGACACGUGUUGAUUCACCAGAAGUCUCCAAUUCCAAACAGGGGUAG